AAUCUUCCCCCCAAUAUUUUCAAAUUUGGGAAUUUCUUAGGGCUCUUGGCCAUGGCGAGGAAAAUCCAGCUGACGCUUCUAGGAUGCGGGGGCGUCGGGCGGCAGCUCCUCCGCCACAUUGUCUCCACUCGUAAACUACACGAAGAUCAGGGCUUGCGAGUCGCUGUGAUGGCUGUAGUGGAUUCCAAAUCCAUCGUUUUGGGUGAGAAAAACGAAGAACUGGACGACACUGCUCUUCUGGAAAUUUGUCUUGCGAAGGAAAAGAACAAUCAAAUGCCCGCUGGAUUAAAUGCGCGAGCCGUUCGCGAAGAAGAUUUUGAUGCAACUCUAGCAGCUGCGAUAAGAACCAUCACAGAAGAAACUGGUCGUCCUUUGGUUGUAGCUGACUGUACCGCGAGUGAAAAAAUUGGACAAGCACUUGCAGAGAUCGCGGACUUGAAUUGCUGCAUUGUUCUUGCGAACAAGAAGCCUCUCACCAGCUCGUUUAACGUUUACGAUAGGAUUGCUGCACUGAAUCGACGUUAUCGCUGUGAAUCAACAGUCGGUGCUGCUCUGCCAGUCAUAGCAACUUUGAACCGUCUGCUAAAUUCCGGAGAUUCGAUCAAGAAAAUUGUUGGUGCUCUCAGUGGCACUCUCGGCUUUGUAAUGAGUCGGUUGGAGUAUGGUGAAUCGUUUAGUGAUAUUGUGAGACAAGCGAAAGAGCUUGGUUACACCGAGCCAGACCCUCGUGAUGAUCUUGGCGGUAUGGACGUAGCAAGGAAGGCGCUUAUAAUGGCUCGACUAAUGGGAUGGAGAAUAAACUUAGAGGAUGUGGAGGUUGAGUGCUUAUAUCCGCCAAGUCUGGCUCCCAAACUGAUGAGCACCAUGCAAUUUCUAAAAGAAGGACUAGCCGAACUAGACUUGCCAAUGAGAAACCGUGUGAAAGAAGCAGCUGCUAGGGGUUGUGUUCUACGAUAUGUGGCGACGAUCGAAAACUUUCAUUGCAAAGUGGGAAUUGUAGAGCAGCCUCAGCAGUCCGCUCUCGGUCAGCUGCAUGGAAGCGAUAAUCUGGUCGAGAUUUUCACGCGCUGUUAUUCGACUUCGCCUCUUGUUAUUAAGGGAGCCGGGGCAGGCAAUGAUACUACAGCCGCUGGUGUGUUAGCGGACGUUUUGGACCUCCAAGACUAUUUUGGCUAGGGAGAGAACGUAGGAGACAGAUUUCUGCACAGCGAAAUGUCG